UUGCCUCGGUGACGGGUAGGCCGCAGCAUGGGUUUACGCCGGCUGCUGCAGGCCUGGGUGCCGCGCCGGGCCGCCCGGCCCUGCCGAGCCGUGGUCUUCGACAUGGGCGGCGUGCUGCUGCCCUCCCCCUACGCGCUGGCCCGAGACUGGGAGGUGCGGAACCGCGUCCCCCCCGGCACGGUGCGGCGCGCUCUGAUCUGCGGCGGGGAUGACCGGCCCUGGAUGAAGUACAUGAGGGGGGAGCUGACGGCGGCGGAGUUUGUGCGAGCAUUCGCGCGGCAGUGCUUCGAGAUCACAAACUCUUCCGUUCCAGUGGACUCCUUUCUCUCUGACCUCACCAGCAAAGAGAUGUCAGAACAGCUCCCCGUGAUGACCGAAGCAAUACGGUGUAUCCGGGCAGAAGGCCUUAAGACAGCGGUUCUAAGCAACAACUUCUACCUGCACAGUGGGGCGAGCUUCUUGCCCCUUGAUCGAAAGCAGUUUGAUGUGAUAAUCGAGUCCUGUCGGGAAGGGAUAUGCAAGCCUGACCCUCGUAUCUACAUGUUGUGCUUGGAGCGCUUGGGUGUCCAGCCAAAUGAAUCCAUCUUCCUGGAUGAUAUUGGCCAGAACUUGAAAGCGGCAGCCCAGCUCGGCAUGAGCACGCUGAAGGUCGAUGAUCCAGAAGCGGCUGUCAAAGAGUUAGAAAACUUCCUGGGUUUCCCUUUGCGGGGGGCUGUUCCAUUCACUCGCUCCGUGAGGCCAACCAUGGAAAUCCCACAAGUGCCUUUGCAGAAGUAUCUGGAAAAUGUCCUAGGCAGCCACACAACAGGUUCUCUGCUCCUCCGGCAGUUUAGCCAUGGCCAGUCGAACCCGACGUACUACGUGCAGUAUGGGGACCACCGCUUAGUGCUGAGGAAGAAGCCCCCAGGCAAGCUGCUCCCAUCCGCGCACGCUGUGGAGAGGGAGUACAGGGUGCUGAGGGUGCUGGCGGAGGCUGGCGUGCCUGUCCCUCGAGUGCUGGCCCUCUGUGAAGAUUCCAGCAUCAUCGGCACGCCGUUCUACCUGAUGGAAUACUGCGCUGGCCACGUCUACAAGGACCCCUCCCUCCCCAGGCUGGAGCCCGCCCAGCGCAGGGCCAUCUAUGCUGCCAUGAACCAAGUCCUUGCUCAGAUCCACAGCGUGGACCUCAAAGCAGCCGGACUGGAGGAUUAUGGGAAGCACGGGAACUACGUUCAGCGGCAGGUUCAAACCUGGACCAAGCAGUACCGCGCCACGGAAACCCACACCAUCCGAGCCAUGGAGAGGCUCAUUGAAUGGCUCCCCUUGCACCUGCAACAACUUUUCCCUGGCUCCUUGUCUUUCCGGUCCAGGCUGGAUAACCUGAUCUUUCACCCAGAGAGGCCACAAGUCCUUGCUGUCCUUGACUGGGAGCUUUCCACCUUGGGAGACCCCAUCUCAGAUGUGGCCUAUAGCUGCAUGGCUCACUAUUUGCCAUCUAGCUUCAGCCUGCUCAAAGGUCUGGGUAACUGCGAUUUGACACACUUGGGAAUCCCCACGGCAGAGGAGUACUUCCGUAUGUACUGCGGCCACAUGGGCAUCCCGCCCAUCGAGAACUGGAACUUCUACAUGGCCUUCUCCUUCUUCAGAGUGGCUGCCAUCCUGCAGGGCGUCUACAAGCGCUCGCUCACUGGGCAGGCAAGCUCAGCCACGGCGGAGAGUGGCGGGAAGCAGGCUGAGUCCAUGGCCGACCUCGCCUGGGAUUUCGCCACGAAGGAAGGGUUCCGGGUGUUUAAAGCCAUGCCGGCUACGAAGCCAUUGGGGAGACCUUACAGCACCUGGGCCUGGCAGGGGCCAUUCCCCAGGAGGAGCUAUGUCACUGUGCCCCAUUCCUCUUCAGUUCCAGCCCAUCUGAUUCUCUCUCCUGAGGGCCUUUCUGGCAGGGCAGAGGAUCUUUAUCGCAGACUGAGGAGAUUCAUGGAUGCCCAUGUCUAUCCUGCCGAGCAGGCCCUGAGGGACCACCAGGUGUCGCAGACAAGGUGGACUCUGCACCCUCUCGUGGAAGAACUGAAGGUAAAGGCCAAGUCCGAAGGGCUGUGGAACCUGUUUUUACCCCUGGAGACUGACCCAGAAGUGAGAUACGGAGCAGGCCUAACCAACCUGGAGUAUGCCCACUUGUGCGAGCUCAUGGGGAUGUCUCUGCACGCACCUGAGAUAUUCAACUGCUCAGCCCCUGACACUGGUAACAUGGAGGUGCUGCUGCGAUAUGGGACAGAGGAGCAGAAGGAGCGCUGGCUGCAGCCUCUGCUGAAUGGGGAGAUCCGCUCCUGCUUUGCUAUGACGGAGCCACAGGUCGCUUCGUCUGAUGCCACUAACAUCGAGUCCUCUGUUGUGGAAGAAGAGGGUUUCUACAUUCUCAACGGGCACAAGUGGUGGAUUUCAGGAGCGCUGGACCCUCGCUGCCGGCUCUGUGUGUUUAUGGGAAAGACGAAUCCUGGUGCCCCGCGCCACAAGCAGCAGUCCAUGCUCUUGGUUCCCAUGGACACCCCAGGUGUCACCGUCACCCGGCCUCUCAGCGUGUAUGGCCUGGACGACCCCCCAGCUGGCCAUGGGGAGAUCUUAUUUGAAAACGUGCGCGUGCCAAAGGAGAAUAUGCUGCUGGGACCUGGCCGAGGCUUUGAAAUUGCCCAGGGGAGACUGGGGCCUGGACGGAUCCACCACUGCAUGCGGCUGAUCGGCUUUGCCGAGAGGGCGCUGGCUCUCAUGAAGGAACGCGUGAAGUCCCGCGUGGCUUUUGGGAAGCCCUUGGCAGAGCAGGGCACGAUCCUGGCAGACAUUGCCACGUCCCGAGCCGAGAUUGAGCAGGCCCGGCUUCUGGUCCUGAAGGCUGCCCUUCUCAUGGACACAGUUGGCAACAAGGCAGCUGCUCUGGACAUUGCCAUGAUCAAGCUGGUGGCUCCGGCCAUGGCCCUGCAUGUCACUGACCGUGCCAUCCAGGCCUUCGGAGCGGCUGGCCUGAGCAGCGACUACCCGCUAGCCCAGUUCUUUGCCUGGGCCCGAGCCCUGCGCCUUGCAGACGGGCCCGAUGAGGUUCACAGGAUGACAGUCGCUAAGUUGGAGCUGCAGGCACUGUGAGGGGGUGGGCAAGGCGUUUCCCUGCAACAGCCUGGGGCCGCAGGACAUGAGGGGCUUGCUGUGAUGAGCGUAGGCACGCAUGGCUGUAGCGGUGUUGGUGCCUCUAGGCAGAAGGAGUGUAUUGGGAGUGUCUGCAAGCCGGGCAAGGCUGGCUGGGUGCACUGGGCCCUGCACAGCUCUGCCCUCCUUCCCCAUGUCCGGGACCAGCAACCGUUCAGCCGUCAGAGAUGGAGAAGCGGUGCCCCUUGUCACACCAGCAGCCGCUCCAGGGGGUCUCCAUCCUGCCAGAAUCAUUGGAAAGACUCUCUUUGCUUCAGGGGGCUUCGGGCCGAUCUUUUGGCACACAUUAAACCAGUACAGAAAGCA